GGCAACCAGGGCUGUCGGGCAACCAUGGCUGCCCCGAGAGAGAAUGUCAAUUUGUUGUUCAAGUUAUACUGCUUGACAGUGAUGACCCUGGUGGCUGCAGCAUACACCAUAGCUUUAAGAUACACAAGGACUUCAGGCAGAGAACUCUACUUUUCAACCACAGCUGUGUGUAUUACAGAAGUUAUAAAAUUAUUGCUAAGUGUGGGGAUUUUAGCUAAAGAAACUGGUAGUCUCGGUAGAUUCAAGACGUCUUUAAGAGAAAAUGUCUUGGGAAGCCCCCAGGAACUGAUGAAGUUAAGUGUGCCUUCACUAGUGUAUGCUGUGCAGAACAACAUGGCUUUCCUUGCUCUUAGCAAUCUGGAUGCUGCAGUAUACCAGGUGACCUAUCAGUUGAAGAUUCCUUGUACUGCUUUAUGUACUGUUUUAAUGUUAAACCGGACACUCAGCAAAUUACAGUGGGUUUCAGUGUUUAUGCUGUGUGGAGGAGUCACACUCGUACAGUGGAAACCAGCCCAAGCUACAAAAGUUGUGGUGGAACAGAACCCAUUGUUAGGGUUUGGCGCCAUAGCAAUUGCUGUAUUGUGCUCUGGAUUUGCAGGAGUGUAUUUUGAAAAAGUUUUAAAGAGUUCAGACACUUCCCUUUGGGUGAGAAACAUUCAAAUGUAUCUCUCAGGGAUUGUUGUGACAUUAGUUGGCGUCUACUUGUCAGAUGGAGAGAAAAUUAAAGAAAAAGGAUUUUUCUAUGGUUACACAUAUUAUGUCUGGUUCGUCAUCUUCCUUGCGAGUGUUGGAGGCCUCUACACGUCAGUUGUGGUCAAGUACACGGACAACAUCAUGAAAGGCUUUUCUGCAGCCGCUGCCAUUGUUCUUUCCACGGUUGCAUCUGUCCUGCUCUUUGGAUUACAGAUAACAAUCACCUUUGCUCUGGGAACCCUUCUUGUGUGUGUAUCUAUUUAUCUUUAUGGACUACCCCGGCAAGACACUACAUCCCUCCAAGAAGGAGAAGCAACUUCAAAAGAGAGAGUCAGUGGUGUGUGAUGUCUUCGAGAGUCAUUCCUGUUAAGACUAAAACAUUUGCAUUAAGCUAGAGCCUUAAGCCAAUCCCAGAGGGUUCCUUAAAUAAGUGAAAACAGCAGCAAAAAAGUAGUGUGUGGUAUAAGAAGCAAGCCACCUGAGCUACUUGUUAAUGUGGUUUGGGUCAAAUUGUUUUGUUUUACAGUGGAGUGUUAUGAUUGUAUAUAUAAUGUACAUAAUAAUAUGGAAACGUGGUGUUAAAGAAUCAUGUGAAGCUACAAGUGGUCUGGAACUAUAUUUAAGAUUUGAAGUGCCAAAGCCAUUUCUGUACUAACUGUUCUGUUGUUCAGGUACCAGGGGAGGGGGACGAUCCCUCGCUCUUCUCCACUCACGGACAUAUUUUGUCCCAGCAGCAGUAAAGGCUAAGCCAGCUCUUCUCUUACAAAGAGACAGAGACAAGACCGGCUAGUUCAGAACACAUUGAAUGUGUCAACUUUUUCUCAAAAUGAACCAGUAACGUGACUCAGACAGUGAUUUCUGGGUGGUGACUGAGUCCUCCUUUAGUGCUGUAUUUGUGCCAUUCAUUGUCUGGAUUCUUAUUUCUUUGCUCUUAGACAAUACACUUUUCUUCAAAACAAUUUCUAAUGUCACUUUUGUACUUUUUUUAUAAAGUAUGUUAAACUGUUGGGCGGUCAGUAAUUUGUGAAAUUUCAGUGUUUUUAAAGAGAUUUCUAUAAUGUAAAUGGGGGAAAUUCAGCAAUAAACUUUAUUUAUUUAUAAGAA